GAAAUAUGGGAAUUCAUUGAGACUAUUCGAAAAUGAACGGUUUCAUAGUCGGUUUACUCUUCCUGAUUGGAGUCGCGUUAGCGAAGGACCACUGGUGGCAACAUGCCAACUUUUAUCAAAUCUAUCCCCGAUCAUUUAAGGAUAGUGAUGGCGACGGCGUUGGCGACCUACGAGGGAUCAUGGAAAAGGUGGGAUAUCUAAAGCAUGACCUAGGAAUAGAUGCUAUCUGGCUGUCGCCGAUUUUCAAAUCUCCAAUGGCGGACUUCGGAUACGACAUAUCCAACUUCACGGAUAUUCACCCAGAGUUUGGAACCAUCGCCGACCUGGAGAAUCUAGCACAGGAAUGUAGAAAGCAGAAUCUUAAAUUGAUUCUUGAUUUCGUACCAAAUCAUAGCAGCGAUGAGCAUGAAUAUUUCAAAAAGUCCGAAGCACGUGAUCCAGACUACAAAGAUUACUACGUAUGGCACCCAGGGAAGAGACAAGCGGACGGAACACGAAAACCCCCGUCAAACUGGAUAAGUGAGUUUCGUGGUAGUGCGUGGGAAUUGAGUAGCAAGCGGGAUGAAUACUAUCUUCAUCAAUUUGUUAAAAAACAACCGGAUUUAAACUAUCGCAACCCAAAAGUAGUGGAAGAUAUGAAGAAUGUGCUACGAUUUUGGCUUGAUAAGGGUGUCGACGGAUUCCGGAUAGACGCGGUACCGUAUCUUUUCGAAAACGAUACUGUUAGUGGUGAAUAUCCCGAUGAACCAAUAUCGAAUAAAACAACUGAUCCAGAAAAUCCGAAGUAUCUCGAACACUACUACACACAAAACCAUGAGUUAACUUUCGACAUGGUUUUCCAGUGGCGAGCAGUAUUGGAUGAAUAUAAGGCCAAACAUGCUACGGACGAUCUCGUUCUGAUGGCCGAAGCAUAUACUCCACUGAAAAAUAUCGUUAGGCUGUUUGGAAACGACACACACGAAGGUGCUCAUAUUCCAUUCAACUUUGAAGUCCUCAGCAACACGUUUAAGUCAAGCACGGGCAAAGAUUUCUACGAUAAUAUUAAACGUUUUUGGGAUGCUCUUCCGGAGAAAUAUUUCGCAAACUGGGUGCUCGGCAAUCACGACAAUAAGCGUCUCGCUUCACGCUUGGGGGUGGCCCGUGCAGAUCUCUACAACAUUGCUCUAAACACUUUACCUCACAUCGCCGUGACAUAUAAUGGGGAGGAACUUGCUAUGGAGGACGUGUACAUUCCUUGGAAAGAUACCGUCGAUCCGGCUGCUUGCAACUCCAAUCCAACCAUCUUCAUGCAGUACUCUAGAGAUCCCGCUAGAACACCAUUCCAUUGGGAUGACAGCAUUAAUGCGGGAUUUUCCACAGCGCCGAAAACAUGGCUUCCGGUUUCCCCUUACUACAAACAGAACAAUUACAAGCUCCAGAAAACGGCUCCGAGGAGUCACGUGAAAAUAUUCAAAUCAUUGCUCCGGCUUCGUAAACAAAGAACUCUGCGAGAGGGUUCAUUCGACAUCAAACUAGUAGAUGAGAACCUGGUAAUGUACAAGCGAGAAUUGGAGGAUGUUAGCACAAUUGUGGUGAUUCUGAACUUUCACAAAACAGCCCGCACGGUGAACUUGUCCGAAGUGUUCACAACAUCGGACUUACCACUGGAAUUUGAAAUCAUCACUUCAUCUUUGCAGACCAAUUAUGUGGAUGGCUCAAUUCUGGAUUACGAUCAAAUAAUGCUACCGGCUGACGCAGGCAUUGUUUUAGAAGGAAGUUUGAAAAAUAAUCCUUAAAUUGGACAUGUAUUUAUUCGAUAAACAAAUUAUAUUUUUUUUUGUUCUGCGUGUUUA